CAAAAAUAAUAGACUUCGCCAAUUCCCAAGUGCUAUAUCGACUCUCUCGUCUCUUAGAGAACUAUCAUUCGCCAACAACGGAAUCAAUUAUCUUCCUAACCACAUAUUCCAAGGAUGCCCGAAAUUAACUCUCUUAGAAAUGGGAAAAAAUCCUAUUUCCGAAAUUGGCGUGUAUACAUUUUAUAAUAUGGCUUACUUAAAAAAAUUGAUAUUAUCAGAAGUGAGAAAAAUGGAAGAAUUUCCAGAUCUGAAAGGGACGAGUGCAUUGGAACACUUGAGAUUAGAUCGUGCCAGUUUGAAAACCGUACCGGAGGAUUUGUGCCUAAAAGUACCAAUGUUAAAGAGUCUGAAUUUAAAAUCGAAUAAAUUGAAAAGCCUUCCCCGUUUAUCUGGAUGUAAGGAGCUAAGAUUUAUUGAUCUAAGUUACAAUCUUAUCGAUUCAUUAGGAGAAUCUCCUUUUUCAAAACUUAGCAAAUUGAUCGAUCUUUUCCUAAGUAACAAUUUGAUCGAGCGAAUUGAAUCUGAUUCUUUCGAAGGAUUAGAUAACCUUCAAGUGCUAGAUCUUCAUAAUAACAGAAUUGAGUUCAUCCAUCCGGAAGCAUUUUCUUCAUUCAACGAUCUCAGAGACCUGAACCUCGCUUAUAAUCAGUUUUCAGUGAUUCCAACAAGCGGUCUCGAAAAUUUAAGGCAACUGAAAACAUUCAACAACAGGAAUUUAAAGGAAUUUCCGGCGCCCGAAAUGUUUCCAAAAAUUCAUACUUUAGCUUUAUCUUACGCCUAUCAUUGUUGUCCUUUUUUGCCAUAUGCACGAAAGCCAACUGCUUCAUUGAAGGAGACAAUCGUUUGGCUGACGAGAGAAGAACUAGAUAUGAAAGUCUGGAGUACAAAUAUCACAGACGUGUGGCCUGGAUAUGAGAAUUUCUCAAGUAAGUUUGAAGAGUUUGCUACACAGUUAUGGAGUGCGUUUCGUAAGGAUUAUACAAUUCCGGAUAAUUUAGCCACACAAUACGUAGAAGAAUAUCCCGACGACAGUUUCGAGGACGAAAGUGGACAACUUGGAAGAUAUCCAAUUCAGUGUUUGCCAGAACCAGGGCCUUUUAUGCCAUGCGAAGAUUUAUUUGGUUGGUGGACACUGAGAUGUGGUAUUUGGGUUGUAUUUUUGCUUGCAAUGCUAGGAAAUGGAUUAGUUGUAAUUGUUUUAUUAUUUGGUCGAAGUAAAAUGGAUGUACCAAGAUUUCUAGUGUGUAAUCUCGCUAUAGCUGAUUUUAUGAUGGGAAUUUAUUUAGGAAUUUUAGCCGUAGUCGAUGCAUCUACUCUUGGAGAAUUUAAGAUUUAUGCUGUCUAUUGGCAAACAUCAGCGGGCUGUCAGAUAGCGGGAUUUCUUGGUGUAAUAAGUAGUGAAUUGUCUGUCUUCACUUUAGCAGUCAUUACACUUGAAAGAAAUUAUGCAAUUACUAACGCUAUGCAUCUCAACAAAAGAUUAUCUUUGAAGCAUGCCGGAUAUAUAAUGGCUUCGGGAUGGUUCUUUGCUCUUGUUAUGGCUAUACUUCCCCUGUUAGGCAUAAGUGAUUACAGAAAAUUUGCCAUUUGCCUGCCUUUUGAAACAGAAGACGUUUUUUCUUUAUCGUACGUUGUUUUUCUUAUACUUAUCAAUGGUGUGGCAUUUCUUAUUCUGAUGGGAUGUUAUUUUAAAAUGUAUUGGGUGAUACGUGGAUCUCAAGCUUGGAAUUCAAAUGAUUCCAGAAUUGCCAAGCGUAUGGCUUUAUUGGUAUUCACGGACUUCAUAUGUUGGGCACCAAUUGCAUUUUUCUCAUUGACUGCUGUUUUCGGUGUUCAUUUAAUUUCUCUAGAAGAAGCUAAAGUAUUCACCAUUUUUGUUUUGCCCUUAAACAGUUGUGCCAAUCCAUUUCUUUAUGCUAUUUUCACAAAACAAUUUAAAAAAGAUUGUGUAUUAAUAUGUAAAAGGAUUGAAGAGUCUAGAGUAACGAGAGGAAUUGGUAGGUGUAGACAUAGUUCAAAUUUUUCAAAUCGACACACUCCAGCUAAUACAAAUUCAGCUGCAGACAGAAAAAGUGGUGAACAACCUGUCUGUCAAUGCGCAGUUGGAAGAAGGACUACAGAAGUUCCUAGUGGAAUACGAUCACGAUCUCGUUCUUCGUGGCUCAAGUACUUGUUUUGCAACCAAUCAAAUGACGAUGAAAGAUCUGGAAGCGAUUACACUUAUGCAAUUGCACAAAUUCAAAGAAACCUUGAGGGAGAUCAUCAUAAACGUACCUCUAGUAUAUCUAGUGAAAACUUUUCGUCUCGUUCUGAUAGCUGGAGAUACGGCAUUGCGUUAAGAUUAUUAGAAAGAAAUGGAAGAAGAAAUUCAUGGAGUAAUAAUACUCAAAAAUCAUCAUCUCAAGAUUCUCAUACAUCUUGCAGUCGGCAGGAUUCAUCUACUUCCACAUUUCGUCUUUCGAGAUCAAGUGUCAGUAGUGAUACGUCAAGUUCUUUGGCAGGUCGAACUGCUUAUACUCGAGAUCGUCCACCACCCGCUAGAGCGGUUGUUAAUGGAGAAACAUCUCAAAGAAUGUUGUCAUUUCGAUCGUCCGUUAAAGACAAACCUAAAUUAUGCAGACAAACAGCAGUACACGAUUUGAACGGAGGAAAAACUUACGAUUCCGCUCAAAGAUCUCCACCUUCUACAGCAAGAAUGUACGGUAACCUUUGCCCCACUUGCGCUAGAAAAGAGCCAGGUCCGUCAUUAGUAUUCAAAAAUAAAGAACUUGAAGAAAAAUUUACUUGUUUUUAUAAUCGUUUGGUUGAAACUAGUAAUGAAGAUAGCAGCGAGGCAACAACUUCUAAAGAAGAACAAGUUAUAUUUUCUAGUGAUCAGUCUACAGAACCAAAACCUGAGAAAGAUGAUAUAGAGUUAGAAAAAGUAACAAGCGAUAAUCCACAAAUUCCAGUCGAUAUUACUGCUACUAUUAUCGAAUCUCAAGCAUCAGAAAUAUUAGACGAAUUUCCUAACAACGACACUUUAAAAACACCUGACAUAAUGGAAAAUAAUAGACUUCAUGUAAGUGCAGAAAAUUCUCCAAAUCCAAAAUCGAGAAGUCUCACCUUCAUCGGUUUUGUUCCACGACGCAAAGCAACAUCGGACACAUCACUAAAAAAAGUAUCUCUUAGAAGUUUACCGACCAUGUUUAGUUCUUUAUCUAGUCAUAAAUUAAUAGAAAGAUCAGACCAUGCUAAAGUAAGAAGCCAUGGACAAAUAGCGACUCAACCAAGAUCUAUCGAUUAUAUUCCUUCCUCUAGAAGCGAACAGUUGCUUCCUCAGUUAUCUCUAGAUUGGUUUUCUCCACGAAAUCAACAUAUUGCUGAAGACACGGAGUCCGAAGAUGAGUGUAUCGAAAGCAAACAGUUGAAAACUCAAGAAAUCUGUGAUCCUAGACUAAUAAAACAUUACACUGUCAUUAAUGCCAGUGAAGAUGUUCCUCUCAUCGACGAAGAUGGACAAAAGCCCGUAUCGGGAAUGUAAAAAUUCUUUAAUGUUUAUUUAAGAGAAUUGGAAUUACAAAUAUGUUCGUUUAUUUAAAAGUGAGCUUGACCAUAAAUCAAAACUGAUUUUUAUCAUUUAUUUCAUUUAUAAUAUUUCAUAUAAAUUACACGACAAAUAACCGAUUUAUCGUCAAGCUUUCUUUAAAAAUGAGAACAUCGGAAGCAAAUAUUGUUAUGAUAACUUUUCUGCAACUUCGAAACAUAUAUGACAUUGAUUUAUUCGUCCAAAAGAAUCUUCUUUAAAUAAAUGUAAAGAUAUAGUGCUACAAUUAGAAUGAUUAUAAUCUGUAAUAAAAUUCAAAUGAAAGUUGUUUCAUCUUAUUACUAAAUAGAUUCUUAAAAUUUACAAAACUAUUUGUUAACAUUUAUAAAAACAAAAUGACUUUUACAUUGUAAAGCAAAAUGUAUUCGAAAGCUAAGAUUUUACUGUCUUUGUUGCAGAAUUUUAAA